AUGAAGCCGAAUCGUUUGAUCGUAGGCCUUGAUUAUGGCACUACGUAUACCGGCGUCUCAUUCUGCGAAACCUCUGACAACGGCACCGGUGAUGAGCACGUCGAAGUCAUCCAUGAUUGGCCAUCUCAGCAUACCAAGAUCGGUACCAAAGAGAAGGUUCCCAGCGAAGUGACGUACCAGAAGCAAGGCUUGAUCUGGGGCUCACUUAUCCCUCCCAACGUCCAGCGACACAUGUGGACAAAGCUUCAGCUAGACCCGACGCAGAAGGGCGAGAUGGUUAAGAUUGUUCGAGAGGUCUCAACGUCAUCUUCCCAGGAACCGAACAAGCAGCCGGUUGAGAUCAUCGCCGACUUCCUCGCACAGGUGAAGGCCCAUUUGAUCAAGAAUCUAGAUCAAAAAUACGGCAAGGUACUCUGGAGAAGCCUGGACAUCACCUUGGUGGUCACUGUUCCAGCGGUCUGGACGGAAGUCGCCAAAGCUCGUACGCUCGAGGCUGUGGACAAGGCCGGCUUCAAUGCGCCUGAGUUUCCGCAACUCAAGAAGAUUGUUAUGACGACCGAGCCUGAAGCGGCUGCUAUAUACACCAUCAAGAGUAUUCGAGGUACUACCCAGGACGCGGAUUUUGCCGUGGGUGACGGCUUCAUUGUUUGUGACAUGGGCGGCGGAACGGUCGACUUGAUCUCCUACCGGGUUGCAGGAGUGGAGCCUACAGUUCUCGAGGAAGCCACCGUGGGUGGUGGUGACCAAUGUGGAGGCAGCUUUGUUGAUCGAGCCUUCUUGAAGUGGCUUGAGCGCCGCCUGGGCACAAAAGACUUCGUAGAAGUCGUCGGCUGUCGGAGUGAACAUGUUCAACAUACAUCGCUCUCCAAAAAGGCAGCCAGGAUGCUCCAGGACUUCACUCUUGAGGUGAAGAGUGGCUUUUCUGGUACAGAGACUUACCAUCUACGCCUGCCGUCUCCUCUGAACGCCAUUGAAGAAGACGAAGCGAGAGGUAUAAGCGAUGGCGAAAUUACCAUCACUCCGGAGGAUAUGAUCGAGAUGUUUGAGAUGCCCGUCCGUCGAACCUAUGAACUCUUAGGCAAUCAGUUGGAUGAGCUGCGCAAGAACAAAAAGGUCAAACUCAAGUAUGUGUUCAUGGUUGGUGGUUUCUCCGAGAGCCCAUAUAUGUUCGAGAAGAUCAAGACGUUCGUCGCCAGGUGUGAUGGUUUGCAAGCGGUCAAACCCGCCUAUCCAUGGUCUGCUGUUGCCCGGGGUGCAGCUGUGAAGGGCUUGGAGGGUGACAAGAAGGGCGCGAUCAAGACACGCAAAUGUCGCAGGCACUAUGGUACCGACUACAACGCUCACUUCGACGCAAGCAAACACAAGGAAUCCGACGCGUAUAUCGACAAAUUCAGCGGUAUAAAGAGAGCAAGUAACCAAAUGGAAUGGUUACUCACUCUAGGCCAAGAUCUUCCGACAUCCAAGGAGGCUCAUGCAAAAGCGUCGUUCAACCUUAGCUUCUGGCCAGGUCAGAGACGAGCCUCCACUCUGGAGCUUUUCGCUUCGAAUGCGCUAAAGGCUCCGCAACGUUCAGUCGACAAGGGUCUGUAUAUCGUCACGAAAUUGACUGUAGACCUCAGUGUAGUCCCCAAGAAGGAGUUUAAGGCUAUGCGAAGCCCUGAGGGUAAGCUCUACCAUAAGUUGAGCUUCGAGGUCGCGAUCUCUGCACAGUCAUCUCUGGAAUACUCUCUCUUGGUCAACGGCAAGACUUACGGCUCGGUGACUGCGAAGUAUGAUUGA